CAUAAACAUGCAACUACUUCGUGUUUUAUUUACUUCAUGAAAUCAAAUCAAUAAAUACACGAGAAGAUUCCCAAUUCAAGUAUUAAAAGAACACGAUCAGUAUCAUAUUUUCGAUUUUCUAAGAACAUAAAAAUAUGGAUAACGUUUUAAUUAUUUUAAUUGUUUCGAUUAACAUGCUUUUCAUAGGACUUGACUAUAUUGGAGCAAUAAGCAGCUACGGAGUCUCUUAUAAGCAUUACCGAAAAAAUGGUCAAUUUUACAACUUUUCACGUUCUAGUAUCAGUAGAUCAGUUAUGGAAUUUGGCAGAUAUGAUAUGGAAAUAGCAGCCAUUCAAUGCUUAUUAUCGUGCGGAAAUGCAGCUGGGAGUCCAAAGUGCGUCGCUGUAAAUUUCAACACUGAAAAUGCAACUUGCGAACUUCUCUCCACACAACCGAACACAACAUUUGAUCUUCAUAUCAUAAGUGAUGCUAAGUGGGUGCUGUACACAGAGAAAUAUUUAAUAGCUCAGAACCCCGCAAUGGUGACGACUGAUGGAAGAUGUGGACCUGAGUUUAAUAACCGUGAAUGCCCCAUCGAUUCAAUUAUACCUAGAUGGGCCCAUGUGAGCCCAUGCUGUAGUUUAAGUGGAUGGUGUGGCGACACCGAGAUGCAUUGUAAUGGCAUUGAUUAUAGAAAGAUUUAUGCACCAACAGGAUAAGUCAACUGACGUGAAAAAUCCUACAUCAACGACAAUACCAACUACAGACUGUAUAGCAAUCCACGAGGCGUAUAUGAUUCGAUAACUCCUUUUACGAUUGCUGAAAUCCUAAGACCAAAACUGCAAACAAUAUAUUAAAAACUUACGUUUACGUAUUACUUACGUAUAGACGACGAUUUAUAAGAAUAUCGAACUUAUGGACGUUUAGAGUUGCGCAAUAAAUGAUGACGUAAUCAAACGCUUCAUAAGUUAUACGUUAUACAGGAAUAAUAAACAUGCUAUAAGUGAGUUGCAAAAUC